ACCCCAAUUUUUUUUCUUGUUUCCUUCAUAUGGAUGGUUAUCGUCCAGCUUUCAAAAAAUCGAAUUUGAACACAUAACAAAAUCCAGGAAUUUUAUAAAAAUAUUACCGACUUAUUCUUAAGGAUACCCGGUGUUGGUUUAUCGUUAUUGUUUUGAACGUUUCUAUUGCGGCGGUUUGACAGGUCAGCCCUGAGCCUCUUUUUAGCUUUCUGUAUAGCGUAUUUUAUUUAAUUUUGUAUUUACUUUUUAUUUAGGCAUCAAAAGUAACAUUUAUGUAGACUUUAUAGCAGCAUACUUCAUGUUUUUAUUUGUUUCUAAGUGCACUUUCAGUGUUAUAUAAACACUAACAGUAGAGCGCGUACUAGGCAGUUCUUAUGCAUAUUAUAACUACACCAAACGUCAGUUGAUGAGUGUUGGCUGAAAGAUAAUGGAUGUGGACACUCCAAAUGUAUUAAAAAGGUGCAGCAGCGCACCGCUUAUCAAUGAGGUGGCUUCCACGGCUGCCACUUCGCCCACGACCAGUACAGCACCCAGCUGCUGAGUUCGCCAGUGGGUGCAGUGCACGUUUCUAACACUAGAACACUAGACUUAAUCAAUGAUCUGUGAUUUCAUAUGCACCUAUAAAGGAUUUCGUCAUUUAGACAGCUGCUUUGAUAAUGUAGUAAUAUACAUUUUAAAUAAGGGAGUACAUCGUUUUUCAGUAUGUUCAGCAACAGCAGUCUGCCUCGGACGAGAAGCAACAGCAUCAGUUGCAGUCCGAUGUCCACGGCUAUCAACUUGCCAGGAAGCUUUCAACGACACAACCCUCGCGUUAACCAGCUGCGGCUGGAGGAGUGUGCGGAUGUCAGCAACACUCGCGAGGUGGCUCACGAGCGGGAGGUCCACACCGCCAUGCAGAUGGGACAGUCCUGCGAAGACCUCACACUGAUGGGGGGACUCUCAAACUCGCCCACCAGAAUACAAAGGUGUCCACCCGUGGUGUCUCCCUCUCAAGCCCGCAAGUACACGACUCGCCGGAGUCUGUCUCCUAUCGCGCUGCGGGCGUCCAGCUUCAGCCCCACGAACCGCCUGCUGGCGGGCGGCAAGCGGCGAGGCGACGAGCCGGACUGUCCACUGGCCAAGCGCUCAUGUCCCGAGCGCCUGUCCCCGCCCACGCCGCCCACGCCGGACUCGGACAGUCUGGAGUGCACCUUCCGACCGGUCAGCCCGCGGCCCACGCCCAUGAGUCAGUCACCUCACCGCGACGACAGAAACCACAAGAACUCCAGCUAAUACUGUAGUGACCUGCGACUGUGAUGUUAGUGCUCGUAUGACGCGUCUCAGGAAUAACGAACUGUAAUAACAUUAGAACUGUUCUAUGUCUAGUUUCGAACCACCGAGGAGACGUCCGGGAGCGUUCAGUCUAAGAGUUAGUUCCUACUAGAACUCGGAGUAGUGUAUUCUUAGUGUAGAAAUGAAAAGCGAGUGCCCUUUAAAUAGCCAAAGCAUCCAAAACUUUAUUGUAAAUAUUAGGUGCGUUUUAUAUAUUGUAUAUAAUUUAGUUUCUAAGUGAACGUAGCCAUUAAUAUACAUAAUCUCAUAACGAGGAUGCGAAACGAGUUUCGAUCCUUUCAUCCCGCCUUUUGUUUAAUGUUAAUCAUUGUUACGCCCGCCCACGUUCAUACCAUGACUUAACCAGCAUUUAAUACUACUUGUGUCGCUCGACAUCAUCGCAGUAAUACUAUAAAGAUGACAGGUUAAAGGUUUGUAUGUAGCACGUGGAGUCUCUGCGGCCGUCGCCGCUGGUAGGGAGUGGGUUUGUGUCCUAACCGUCGUAAGCUCUGUAUUGUGUUCAUUAUUCACUUUGAAUAGUUUUUGUUGAUUGUACCAUAUUGGUAAGCUUUAUCCAUUGAAUGUUUUCGUUUGUAAGAAGCUUAGAUGUGAUCGCCCUUACCGCUUUCAUUCGAACUUUGUUUAACAGGGUAUAUAACUAUUGCGGUAGUUAGUUUUAGCCAUUUCUUAUAUUUACCAGUUCCACGUAACGAAGACGUCUAGGUAACUCGCCGUGUGCAAUGUGAGGACGUUCAAUGGAGUUAUUGUGAUAAGAUAUUUGAUAAUACGAAGGACUCGUCUCAUACAAAUGUUCAAAAUAAAUUGAGUACAUUCGAUUACCUCAAAUACAUUGAGUAUGAACUGUUAUGAUAUGCAUUUUUAUUUGUAAGGAUCGAAUGUUACAGCUCCAGUACUAAUUGUAUCCCGUAUCAAAUAGAUUUAAAUGAGAUCUCUUAUGAAAUGUGUAAGCCAAAUUUGUUAGGCUGGUUACCGACCCCAGGAGUAGUGUUGCAUGUUGGGCAACCGUACCUAUGUAUAAGUAGGUAUGUUUUAUAACUUUUGUAUCUGUAAUGGAGUCAAUGUGACAUUUGAAUUUUCAAAUGUGAUUAAAUCACAUCAUAAAUCGA